GUACAGGUAAGCAGGUACAGGUGCCAGGUAGAAAAAGUACCCGUGGGUCCUGCGAGCCAAAAUUCAGUAAGUUAUAUACCUCUUCCGUCUGCCACAACAAUCCUACAUAUAGUAUCAUAUAACGUAGGUUACAGAUACUUUUCAAAGAGCUAGGAACAUCGUUUAUUCAAGUACUAGUAGUUAUAAAGUAGGCUUUAUAAAUAGCCCUGUCCAUCACAAGUAAAUGUACUGCAUUCAAAAUUUAACUGAUGUAAAACAGAAAUAUUAUCUCAAUCUGUCUAAAGUAAUAAAAGAUUAUCAGUAGGUAGAGUGGCCCAGAUGCAUUAGCAAGCAGUAACCUAUGUUGCAAUCACUGAGCUCGUUUUAACUACUUUAUAUUUAAUUUGAUAUUUUACAAGGUGAUUUUAACUUUAUAAAUUACAUCUUUUGAAUGUAAAUUCGUAAUCUGCAAAGUAAAUAGUAACAGCAGUCAAACAGCCUAAACAAAGGCUAAAUAUUCAAUGUUUCCGUCUGAAAUGUAGUGAAGUUGAGUCGUGAAUAAGCACCAAUGGAAAUGCAUAAGUCAAACACAAGACCUAAAAAUGUUCUUCUUUUCUACAGCAGCAGACUACUUUCGUAUUUGUAUUUUAUCUCCAGCACUGGCAACAAUCGGGCCUAUUGUGCUUUUUUUUUAAAUUCACACAUACAUUGCAUGGAAAAUAAUCACAUAAAGGAAAUUAAAAUUUAAGAAAUGAAAGAAGUCGCGUGCAAAGUGAAACUGUGCCAAAGGUCUUCCUCACUUUCCCCCCCAGAAUACUGGUUUAGAUAGGGCCCAUGUAGAGGGAGCCUGAAGACAAACUUAACAUAAGGUUGAUCAACAAUUAGGUGAGGUGUGUAUCAUAAAGAUUUAUUGAAGUGCAAGGUCUGAUUUACAGCGCAACACAUCCUAAUGUAUGCGCACAUCUCCCAGUGCCUCAUCUCCAUCCGCGGCAUGCAGUCAAACACUGUAACACUCAGUGUGGUUGUAGCUCCAGUGGGAGAUGUGGGCUGUAAUGACUGAUUGAAUGAGUCUGUAUAAAUUAAGCAAACGAGUAGAAUAUGGUGCAUGAAUUAAAUCACGACAAGCGGUACAUCCCCGAGGCUGAGAGUGUCUGACUGAGCAGCAGCUGAGCUCCACGAUGGCACUGCCACGACACGGCGUUCAAACCUCCUAAUGUUUUAACGAGUGGGACGAUGAUGACCGUCGCUCGCUGGACCUGCUGGCGUGCUUCCACUCUGCUGAAGGGCCCUUGAACAAAAUACAUCUGUACAAAUUUGUUAAAUUGUUAGUACUAUGGCAGCAGUGAGGUUUACAAAUGUUUGCAGUGGACACAGAGGGCUCUUGGUGUUUAUGACCUAGCAGCGAUGAGCCACGUGACAUGACCUCUGCUGGGAAAAGAACUUCUCAAGUGAAGGCUACCGAAAUGGCAAGGAUUUGAAAACAAGCACUCCUGGCCUGUUUGGAAGCCCUGAGAGAGAGACCACUGCUUCCACAAAGAAAGAGAAGAGCCGGUCAGAGAGGAGAUGUGCUAAUCAGAGUCAGAGUCCACCUUCAUCAGUGACCAAACAAACAUGUCCGAACAAAGCACGCAGUGAUGGGGCCACUUCGGUCUGAGAGGUCCACACCCCACCUAUCUUAUUACCAAGACAGAGCGGUGCACUUCAUGAUAGGACACUCAUUUACUUGUCAUUGACUCACCCCCACACUCUCCAAAUCUUUCCGGACUUGGUUUAUCCCACACUGAACCCCUCCCGUCCCUCCCCUGACACAGCGCCUCAAUAAAAUCCAUUCCCAGGCUAGCAUCCAGAGGAGCGCACAGCUUUAUCACACCAAGACAACGCGCAGCUAAGGAUGGUGAGCGCCUGAUAUUCUGAGUUGACAGAGGAUAGUGCCUUUAGGAGAGCCCUUUACGCACAUUUCAACUAGUUACAGCCGCGCGUAAACUCUGCGUAAAAAUGGUGACAGGCGCCUUGGAGACGCUAGUGAUCGUCCUGUCGUGGGGUUACUGCGUGCUGUCCACGCAGGUCGCCUUCUCCAACUUCUCCGUGGACAACGACGUGCGCUCCAGCUUCAUGCAGCGGCGGCUGCGGAGCCAAGAGCGCAGGGAGAUGCAGCGGGAGAUCCUCUCCAUCCUCGGGCUGCCGCACCGCCCGCGGCCGCACGUUCACACCAAACACAACGCCGCCCCGAUGUUCAUGCUGGACCUGUACAACACCAUCUCUGCAGACCCGGAGCCGCCCGGGUACUCUUACUACAAGCCCGAUCUGCCUCACCAGGUGUCCCCGAUGGUGACCCCGCAGGAGAGCCGCUUCCUGGAUGACGCAGACACGGUGAUGAGUUUUGUCAAUCUCGUUGAUCAGGAUCAGGACCUUCUGUACCAGCAGCACAGAAGAGAAUUUCGAUUUGACCUUUCCCGUAUCCCAGAGGGAGAGGCUGUCACAGCAGCAGAGUUUAGGAUUUAUAAAGAGUUCAUCCAGGAACACAACGAGAACGAGACUUUCAGAGUCAGUGUCUACCAGGUCCUGCAGGAGCCUCCGAACAGUGAAGUGGAGCUCUUGCUGUUGGACCAGCGAGAGGUGUGGGCGGCCGAGGAGGGCUGGCUGGCCUUUGACCUGACGGCCACCAGUAACCUCUGGCUGGUUGACCCCGAGCAGAACCUCGGCCUGCACCUGGUCCUGGAGGACAGCCACGGCCAGAGGAGGAACCCCAGACUGGCGGGGCUGGUGAUAAGCAGCGGACCUCAGGAAAAGCAGCCCUUCAUGGUCGCCUUCUUCAGAGCCAACGAGGUGCGCUUCCGCAGCAUUCGCUCCGCCCAUGGCCACAAGGGGCGCCAGUCCAACCGCUCUAAACCCCAGAGGACUGUCCAAGAUGCACUGAAGGCAGUGGAGGCUGCAACAGGUAACCUUGGCUUGUCCAAAGAGGGAUGUAAAAAGCACGAGCUGUAUGUCAGCUUCAGAGAUUUGGGAUGGCAGGACUGGAUCAUAGCACCAGAGGGUUACGCAGCGUACUACUGCGAGGGAGAAUGCGCCUUCCCCCUCAACUCCUACAUGAAUGCCACCAAUCACGCUAUUGUGCAAACUCUGGUGCACUUCAUCAACCCGGAGACGGUGCCAAAGCCCUGCUGUGCCCCCACCCAGCUCCACGGCAUCUCCGUGCUCUACUUUGACGACAGCUCCAACGUCAUCCUCAAGAAGUAUCGCAACAUGGUGGUCAGAGCCUGCGGCUGCCAUUGACUAUUCGUAACCCCUCUUGUAAGCUCUGCAAAUCUGGUGGGACGCCUAAGACAGGCGGAGGAAUCAGGGACAAGAGAUGAUUGAGUGGCCGGUCACCGGGGGAGCUCCUGCCACAGAAGACGAUCUUUAAUCUGAUGUACUGUUCUCAUGACCGGCAGCUGAGCCUCCCAUGCAAUAUCUGCCACUACCACAAAUCAAUUACGACUAUUGGUCACUGAGAGAGGGUUGAACAAAAGGGUUUCUUUUGUUUUCCUUUGAGCGUGACGAGAAAAAAUUGCACUACAAGGACUCUGAGCACUGUGAAGAAAGUUCAGAGACUCAAACAAAACGCUCAGUAUCAGAAACAGCAAGUAAAUACAUAUCUAUCUGCAUUUAAGCUUUUGGCCAUUAGGUACCAGAAUAUAAAACAUGGCCCGGGUGGAAAAGUGAAUUUGGUAACUGAUUUCACAGCUCAUAAAACUUUAAAUCUCCAUCCUCCCGUUGAACCACUGCAACGUGCGUUUUGGAACAGCUGGAGGAACUUAUGUCCUGAUGAUGAGAAGAAAAGGAAAUCUUCUCCAGCUUACUUCACUGGCGUUUAACUGGUCGUCUAGGCAGCCAUUUGGAUCCCAUCAGGUGUAAGACAUCUGGCAGCUCGUGCGUGUGCUGGAGCUCAGCGAAGAAUGACAGCUGAGACUGUUAAUAACAGUGUGCGGAACUGAAAGGCCCGGCGCAGACAUAUAUUACCAGGCCUGUGACAGGCAUACAGUCUUGCAAGAUGCCCGUGAUUGAUCUCCAUGAGGCAAACGUCAGGGUGUGCACCAUCGCCCUGACUGCAGCUGCCUUCUGGUGUCAGGCCAGAGCUGCAGGUGGGAAAAGGGAAGCUGUAAUUUUAUUUUUGUCAGAUUAAAGUUGUCGAAUAAACGAAAACUAUCAAACAAGAAA